AUUCACGGCAUUAACUUCCUGUUUGUUUCCUGGAUUUACAUUCAACUCUAAACUGUAGCUACCAAUGGUAGCUACACUACAAAUCAUUAAUAAGGAAUACAAGACACCAUGCAGAAUAAAGGCACCGAGUGUCAUACCACGGACACCAGAUUAUGUAUUUUCUGCAGAUAAAUGACAUCUUGAAUGUUUCUAGUCUGAGCAUAUGGCCGUUUGCAGGCUACUAACCUGCUGUAAAAUUGCUGUCAGCUCUGUAUUUGUUAACUUACGAUAACCAUGCCGCUAGCUCCUGCAAACCAGUCCCAGUUGAUUCGGUCCAGUCAAAAGGACGAAUAUUAUCAAACCUUCCUGAGAAACAACGCCAACGAAGCUUUCCAAACUAUUGCUGGAUCCAAAAGAUGGCUGGACUGGAGGAAAGAGAUAGAGCUGCUGUCAGACUUCGCAUACUAUGGUUUAACAACAUUCACAGGUUACCAAACCCUGGGCGAGGAGUAUGUCAACAUCGUCCAGGUGGAUCCCACGAAUAGUCGAAUCCCCUCUCGGACCAGACGAGGCCUCUUUGUCCUGUGCCACUCCCUCUUUCCCUACCUCCUGGACAAGGUCCUGGUGUGCCUGGAGAACGAGCUGGGAUGUGAGCAGGAGGGCGGCGGGGGCGCCAGGCAGCGCCAGGCGGCGUCCUGGCCAUGGAGCCUGGAGUCCUGGCUGAGGGGGCGGACACGGAGGGCAGUGGCGCUGCUGUCGGAGCCCCAGAGGAGAGCGUGCCUGCCGGCCGUGUUUGUCCUCCAUCAGGGCCUGACCCUCCUGCACCGCCUCCACGUGGCUCUGUUCUACAUCAGCGGCUCGUUCUAUCACCUGUCCAAGAGGGCGGCCGGGAUCAGCUAUCUGCGCGUGAUGGGGCUCAACGGUGAUGACGGGACCAUCCGGAGCAGCUACAGGCUGCUGGGGGCCGUGUCCCUCCUCCAGCUACUCAUCACGGUGUGUCUGCAGCUCAACAACUUCAGGCAGAAACAGCGCGCCAGGCAGGAGUGGAAGCUCUACAGGAACCUCAGUCCUCAGCGCACACAGAGCACGGGCCCCAGGGCAGCCAGCUGUAUGCUCUGCCUGGAGGAGAGGAGACACGCCACCUCCACCCCCUGUGGACACCUCUUCUGCUGGGAGUGCAUCACCGAGUGGUGCAACACCAAGGCAGAGUGCCCCUUGUGUCGGGAGAAGUUCCAGCCUCACAGACUGGUGUACCUGAGGAACUACAGCUAGGUAGCCUGGGAAAACCCUGACAAACUUCUGGCAAAAUUGAGAUUUGCUCUGCAAGUCGGUCUGGCCCAGAGCCCGU